AUGAGUGCCAAAGUGAACAUGGAGGCUCCAUCCAAAGAACCCGACUGCACCCCCAUGGAGCCGUCGUCCUCGUCUCCCAGCGAGACCAUCCUCAUCUGUGGGACCGACAGCGUGGCCAAGAAGGCUCGACCCCAGACCCACACCACUACCACCACCACCACCACAGCUCUCCUCCUGCCAGCUCCUGGCCAUCAGAAAGUGGAGGUGACUCCAGCUGUUGCCGUGGGAAACCCAGGUAAAGGCGGCCGGGCCAAUGAGAUCGCUACGCCCGCCCUGACAGCACAGGUGGGCGGGGCUUGUAGCAUCGUCCACGUCCUGGAGUGGAAGGAGGGGAUGGCCAUCCUGCCCAGUAGCAACCUCAAGUUCUGUGUGAGUGACGUAGGAACUCUGAGCACGCUGAUCACCCCGGGGACCACCGGCAGCACCGCUGAACCAGCAGCAGGGACUUCUGGGAGAUCUACUGACGCAGAAAAAGCUCCAGACAAGCCAGAUGUGUCGGCUGCCGUCAGCGCUGUGAGAGCUGCAGCUGUGGAGCCAGAGAGGUUAGUGCCAGUCAAACCCGAGGUCCAGGUCGGACCGGGACAGCAGAACCACGAUCCCAGAGCUCAGAGGAGCUACGCAGAGGAGCUACGCAGGGACCCGAUCACUGACAAGAGGAGCGUGGAGAAGGUUCCAGCAGGCGGCAGGGUCUCCUCCCUGAACCCCGACCACCUGAAACCCAUGAGGAAGAGGAAGAGGAAGGAGUACCUGAGUCCGUCUGAGGAAGACUCUGACAUCGAGGGCACGGACGAGAAAAUAGACGAUUCGAAAGCAGACAGCCGACACAUCAGAGGAGGAGGAGACAGCAAGACGGAGCAGUGGACGUGGACUCAGUAUCUGGAGGAAACCAAAACUGUUGCUGCUCCCAACAAGCUUUUCCAGGAGUCCCAGAGAGUGCCGACGGUGAAGAACGGCUUCAAACAGGGGAUGAAACUGGAAGGCAUCGACCCGCAGCAUCCAUCCAUGUACUUCGUCCUCACUGUGGCCGAGGUCUGUGGUUACCGGCUGAGGCUCCAUUUUGAUGGCUACUCCGACUGUCACGACUUCUGGGUGAACGCCAACUCGCCUGACAUCCACCCCGCAGGCUGGUGUGAGAGCACAGGACACAAACUACACACUCCCAAAGGUUGUAAAGAGGAGGAGUUUACUUGGACCAACUACCUGAGAAUGACUAAAGCACAAGUGGCUCCCAAAGAAGUGUUUGCGAGUCCUGGCAGGAUGGAUGUGAAGUGUGGUUUCGAGACAGGAAUGAAGCUGGAGGCCGUCGACCGCAUGAAUCCCUCCCUCAUCUGUGUAGCAACCGUCACUGAUGUGGUGGACGACCGCUUCUUGGUUCAUUUUGACAACUGGGACGACACGUACGACUACUGGUGUGAUGCCAGCAGUCCGUACAUUCACCCGAUUGGUUGGUGCCAGGAGAGGAACCUCCCUCUAACCCCACCCCAAGAUUACCCAGACCAGGGCCGGUUCUCCUGGUCUCGGUACCUGGAGGAGACUGGCUCCAAGGCGGUGGCUGCAGACGCCUUUAAAGUGCGAGCAGCACACAGCUUCCAGCCUCAGAUGAAACUGGAGGCUGUAGACAAGAGAAGUCCUGGUCUGAUCAGAGUGGCCACAGUGGAGGAAGUGGAGACUCAUCGCAUUAAGGUCCAUUACGACGGCUGGAGUCACGUCUACGAUGAGUGGAUGGACUCAGAUCACCCAGACAUCCAUCCAGCAGGCUGGUGUGAGGCCACUGGUCACCCGCUCAAAGUUGCUCCACGGGACGCCAAAACACAGCAACUACACGGCGUGAGGGAACCUCCUACUACAGGCCAGUCCACCUACCCCUCCUCUGUUCCCUGUAAACCCAUCAGCCACCCCAGAACCAACAAGUACAGCUUCCACAACAGGAAGUGUCCGACUCCUGGUUGUGACGGUUCAGGUCAUGUGACCGGUCGCUUCACCGCCCAUCACUGCAUAUCCGGCUGCCCGUUGGCUGAGCGUAACCAGGGCAGGCUGAAGGCCGACCUGUCCGACUCAGAGUGCAAGAGAAACCUCUUUUUUGGCCAGAGGGCCAAGAAGAAUCACUACCGUGGCAGGAUUGGUCGUCCUCCCAAAUACAGAAAGAACCAGCAGAGAGACUACCAGAACAUGUCCUCAGAGGGAGUGUAUCCGUCGCUGUUCAUGUCGGCUCUGAGCGGUCAGUCAGACCGGACUCUGUCUCUCUGCUGGGAGCAGCACUGUAAGCUGCUGCCCGGCGUUCAGGGCAUUCACGCCAGCCAGGUGGCAGCAUGGAGCGUUGAAGAGGUCUUCAGGUUUGUUCAGAAUUUGAUCGGCUGUGAAGAACAGGCUCGGCUCUUCAAAGAAGAGAUGAUUGACGGGGAGGCGUUCCUGCUGCUGACCCAGACCGACAUCGUGAAGAUCAUGAGCAUCAAGCUGGGCCCGGCCCUCAAGAUCUCCAACGCCAUCCUCAUGUUCAAGAGCACAGACGAGGGACUCAAGUGA